AUGUCGUCACAGCGUGACAUGGAUGACUUCAACCACCAGGUCGCCAUAAAGCUUUCCCGAGCCCUCAACACACUAAAUCCCAACGACUUGCUUGCUCAAAGAGUAGCGGACAUUGCAAAGAGCAAUUCUGUUGCUGACUUUAUUACAGCCGCUCGCAGCUUUGGGAAAUUCGAGGAUUCCUUUCUUAGUGAACUCCACGGAGAAAUUAUCCUGCAUGAAAAGGGUAUCGCCCCCAAACCCGUCGAGGGAAUAACCGUGCAUGACUCGGAUGUUCUUGAGCCACCUCCAGCUCGACCAGGUGGACUUAUGAGGCCAGAUACACGGCACACCUUCAAGCAACCUGCAAAACCACUCGAGCCACCAACUCCUCGCGCGUCUAUCCUUGGUCUCGACCGACUUGCUCAAGAAAAACGUGCAGCUGCAGCUGAUGGUAACUCGGAAGGGAGCCGCAAGCGGCCCCGUCUCGAUAAUGGCCCGGAGCCUGUUUUCAAAAUUCCCAAUCUGCCGAUUCGCAACGAUAAUCAGCGUCAACGAGGACCAGAAACACCUUCUCAUUCUGGAGGCUUAUCAGACACGGCACGAAAACGACUGAAUGAACACAGGCGAGAGAAACAGCGAGAGGGUAUAACUGCUGCCAACGAACGCAGAGAAGACGCCCAGAAAGGACUUGGAGACUUCCAGAGACGGUCAAAUCGUGACCGAGAUCGAGGCUGGGGUCGACGACAGUCUGAAAAUUGGCAACAACAACCACAAAAUCGUGGAUGGGACUCCACACCUCGUUCUGUGCGGGGAAAUGGUGAUGCACCAAGUGUUCGCGUUCCAAAUGUUGGCUGGGAUUCCACACCACGUCGUUCAGGGGAUGAUGGGUCAGGCUGGGGUAGUGCAGCCAAUCGACGUUGGGAUGCAACACCGCGAAAUGUUCGCGAAGGAAGUCCCGACAAUGCUAUUGGGCUAGAUGCACGCGAAUGGGAGGAGGAGCAAAUCCGACUGGACCGCGACUGGUAUUCUGGUGCUGAGGAGGGUGGGAUUGCUGGAGACGAGGAGCACAAUCCUUUGGCCCAAUAUGAGGAUCUGAGUGCGUUGAAGAAUGCAGAGAUUGCCACCAAACAAGUGAAACGAAUAUCUGCAAAACAAGCGCAAUAUAAUGCGGACAACGACCUUUGGGAGGCCAAUCGUAUGGUUACCUCUGGCAUUGCCACCCGGAAGGGUGUCGACGAAGAUUUUGAGGACGAAUCUGAAUCUACUGUGCAUGUGAUGGUACACGACAUCAAGCCACCAUUCCUCGAUGGCCGUACCGUUUACACCAAGCAACUUGCGCCAAUUAACCCUAUCCGCGACCCGACCAGUGAUCUAGCUGUCUUUUCUCGCAAAGGCAGUGCGCUGGUCAAAGAAAAGCGGGAACAAGCCGAACGAGCAAAGGCGGCCGCCAAAAUUGCUGCGAUUGGUGGGACAGCACUGGGAAAUAUUAUGGGUGUUAAGGACGAGGAGGCGGAGGCUGUUGCGGAAGAGGAACGGAAGGAGCAAGAGGCAAAAGCAAAUGGCGAGAGCGUCAGCUACCGUGGCGAAUCAAAGUUCGCCAGUCAUUUGAAGGCGUCUUCCGGCAUUAGCUCCUUCGCCAAAACUCGUACUUUGAAGGAACAACGGGAGUAUCUUCCCGCAUUUGCCAGUCGCGAGGAGCUACUGAAAUGCAUCCGGGAAAACCAAGUGGUUGUUGUCAUCGGCGAGACUGGCUCGGGUAAAACGACCCAGUUAUCCCAGUUCUUAUACGAGGACGGAUAUUGCCAAUACGGUUUAGUUGGAUGCACUCAACCUAGACGUGUUGCAGCUAUGUCUGUUGCGAAGCGGGUGAGUGAAGAGAUGGAGUGCAAAUUGGGUACUACUGUGGGUUACGCAAUUCGUUUCGAAGACUGCACAACAGCAGAGACGAAGAUCAAAUACAUGACCGAUGGUGUACUUCUUCGCGAGUCUCUCAAUGAAGGCGACCUCGACCGAUACAGCGUCAUCAUCCUCGACGAGGCACACGAGCGAUCCUUGAACACAGAUGUUUUAAUGGGCUUGCUUCGUAAAAUUCUGUCCCGACGACGAGAUCUCAAACUCAUUGUCACAUCUGCUACGAUGAAUGCAGAAAAGUUCUCUGACUUUUAUGGGAAGGCGCCUUGUUUUACAAUUCCCGGACGAACAUUCCCCGUGGAGUUGUUCCAUUCUAAGUCGCCUUGCGAGGACUAUGUCGACAGUGCCGUCAAACAAGUUCUCCAAAUCCACCUGUCCAAUCCCCCAGGCGAUAUUCUCGUGUUCAUGACCGGACAAGAGGAUAUCGAGAUCACGUGUCAAGUCGUGAACGAACGUCUGUCGCAAAUGAAGGAACCUAUUCCGCUGGCGGUCCUGCCCAUCUACUCUCAGAUGCCGGCAGAUCUUCAAGCCAAGAUUUUUGACCCGACACCGGAUGGACGAAGAAAAGUUAUCGUCGCAACCAACAUUGCCGAGACUUCGUUAACAGUCGACGGUAUCCUCUAUGUCGUCGAUGCGGGUUAUUCAAAACUCAAGGUGUACAACCCGAAAGUGGGUAUGGAUGCCCUGCAGAUCACACCCAUUAGCCAGGCCAAUGCCAAUCAGCGCAAAGGACGUGCAGGGCGGACGGGUCCGGGAUAUUGUUAUCGGUUAUACACCGAGAUGGCUUUCAUGCAUGAGCUGUUUGAGAGCACGAUUCCCGAGAUUCAGCGGACGAACUUGGCCAAUACUGUACUCCUUCUCAAAGGCCUUGGUGUCAAGAACUUAUUAGAGUUUGACUUCAUGGACCCGCCACCCCAGUCCAAUAUCUUGAACUCCAUGUACCAACUAUGGGUACUCGGCGCCCUCGACAAUGUUGGCGACCUGACACCUGUGGGCCGGAAGAUGAACGACUUUCCGAUGGACCCUUCCAUGGCCAAGAUGCUCAUUGCUUCUGUGGAGUACCAAUGCUCUGCGGAAAUGCUGACCAUCGUCUCGAUGCUGUCUGUUCCCAGUGUGUUCUAUCGACCUAAGGAGCGAAUGGAGGAGGCCGAUGCUGCGCGCGAGAAGUUCAAUGUUCCCGAGAGCGAUCAUCUCACCUUGUUGAACGUGUUCAAUCAGUGGAAGAGCCAUGGGUACCGAGACGAGUGGUCUAUGCGCCACUUCCUGCACCCAAAGCUUUUGCGCAAGGCGCGGGAAGUCCGGACCCAGCUGGAGGACAUUAUGAACUUCCAAAAGAUGGCGUUGAUCUCGGCUGGGACGGAUUUUGAUGUCCUGCGCAAGGCGAUUGCGGCUGGCUAUUUCCAUCAAGCGGCACGGGCGAAAGGCAUUGGCGAGUUUGUCAACAUCCGGUCUGGAUUACCGUGUCAUCUCCAUCCUACAAGCGCGCUGUAUGGGCUUGGUUACACACCACCAUAUGUCGUAUACCACGAGCUCAUCCUAACAUCAAAGGAGUACAUGACGCAGGUAACCUCGAUUGACCCAUACUGGCUAGCUGAACUUGGCUCUGUAUUCUACUCCGUCAAAGAGAAGAACUUCGACGAGCGGGGAAACCGGCGUCAUGCAGACCGCGAGUUCUCGCGCAGAGCCGAGCUCGAAACUGAAAUGGCGCGGCAGCGGCAAGAGAAUGCUCGCAAGGAGGCGGAAGCUAUUGAGGCAGCUGUCCAAGCAAGCAGCAGCCGCUCGCAGAUCAUCGUCCCCGGGACACCAAGACAUACCGGCAUCGGCGCUGGACAACGCGUGACGCAAACGCCGCGAAGGAAACUGGGUGGAUUCUGA